AAACACCACUGCCAUCUUUUGGGAAUAUAUAUAGUCAGCCCUAACUUCUCAACUCUCAUCAUUUCCUUCUAACUCUCUGGAAAACCUAAAAUUUAUCAAUGGAAAUCUCCGGCAAAGAUCAAUCCUCUGUUUCUGCAAAUGCUAAGCGAUCAUCAUCAGCAACGAAGCUUCUUCGAUAUCCACUGCGAUCGGGCACGAAGCCCAAGGAGGAGAAGCCGCCUCUGACUGAUGCUUCCAACUCUUCGGUUCCUAGAAGGGUAAAACCUGUCUCAAGUGUUAGUAAGAGUAUUGGUGUCUUUGAUCUUGGUAAGGAAAAGGCUGCUGCUAAACCUCCAAGAAGGCUGUCUAUUCAGUCUAAGUCGAGUGCCAGCCCUGCCUCAAGAUCAGUAGGCACUGUCACUCCUAUUUCUGAGGCUAGGGCAAAGAGAUCUGUGAUCAACCAGGGGAAAACUAAUACACCGCUUUCAGCUCUGGCAAAGUCAUCAAAUGGAAAGGAAAGCAAUCGUCUAUUCUCUGCACUCUACUGGCUAUCCCAGAUUAAGCUCUCUGAAUCUGCUGCUAAGCAUUCAAUUUCUCUUGGGUUUUUCAAACUUGCUUUGGAAGCUGGCUGUGAGCCGCUUCAACGUUUGAGGGAUGAGCUGAAAUCCUAUGUGCAACGUCAUAACCUUCUAGGUCUUGGAGAGCCAGUGAAACAACUGUUUGAAAGCUACAAUAUUUCUCAUGAUUUUGAGCAGUUGCAAGUGUCUGAGACUUGUUCCCAUGCACCUCAAGAUGGGACACCUUCAUCUGAUGACAGCACUUCAUCUGUUGCUGCCACUGAGAAAUCAGAACCUGAAGUCGUGACCAAAGAUGCUAUUGAAACUUGGCAAGUGGCAGAACCUACUAAAGAGACUUCAUCAAGGAAAGACAUUGCAACUAAGAACCAUAAAUCUGUAAGUAAGACUGCUACAACUCCAAACUCGACAGAGGUUGCUGCAACUCCAAAAUCUACAGAGGUUUCUGGUACCACAAAAAAGAAGAUUGAAAAUCCUAAGCAAAAACCAAAUAAGAAUAAGGCGAAAAGACAGGGAAAGAAAUCUGCUGGAGUAGAAGGUCAUGCUAAUGCUGGCACUGCUGAGGUAGCCCUUCCAGAAGACAAAGAGAAUAUGGAUGCUCCACAGCCAGAAGUUUAAAUGCAUGUAUGAAAAUCAAAGAAUGUUGAACAUACUUAUGUUAUGGUUAUUUGUUUUGGUGUUCAUAAGCAGGAAGUUAUUCCUUGUAUAGAUUAUAGAAGGGUCGAGUGGAAGUGUCAACUCUGGGGUUUGCAUGUGAAAGAAUCAUGUUUUCCUUGUUUGGUCCUAGUUUGACCCAAGACUUUUGGGCAUUAUUAUACAUAUAUGUUUAUGUUUUAAAUUGCAUUUGGUAUCAUACUGGAAGUGUUUUUAUCAUGCUUCAGUUCUAUGCAUUACAUGAAUAUUGCAACUUGCUAUUUUUU